AUGGCUAAGCAAUCUCUAGACGUUUCCUCCGACAGAAGAAAGGCCAGAAAGGCGUACUUCAACGCGCCAUCUUCCGAGCGCCGCGUGAUCAUGUCUGCUCCUCUAUCCAAGGAGUUGAGAGAGCAGUACAACAUCAAGUCUCUACCAAUCAGAAAGGACGACGAGAUUAUGGUUGUGCGUGGCUCCAAGAAGGGCCAAGAGGGCAAGGUUUCUUCUGUCUACAGAUUGAAGUACGCUGUCCGCGUCGACAAGGUGACCAAGGAGAAGUCCAACGGUGCCUCCGUGCCAUUGGACGUCCACCCAUCCAAGGUUGUCAUCACCAAGUUGCACUUGGACAAGGACAGAAAGGCCUUGAUCGAGAGAAAGGGUGGCAAGUUGGAGUAA